AUGAAGGAGAAUAUCUUGGAACAGAUUAGUGAAUACUUCUCAAAAUGGCGACCGCUUGAUCCUGAUCACCUCAUUUAUGGCGUAGACUUAAUGAAGGAGUGGCGUGAUAUUUUGGUGGAUGCUGAAAAUGUCUCAAUGUUUACAGAUCGCCUUAGUGCAUACGAUAGACUUUUGUGGGAAGGAUGGUUACCCUCACUUCGACGCGCUUCUUUGAGUUGGGACCCUCGCGAUCACAUGGAGCCGAUGUUGCGGAUCAUUGAGAUAUGGCUACCCGUCCUUCCUGAGUGGAUGAAGGAGAAUAUCUUGGAACAGGUAAUAAUUCCUCGAAUAGAUGAUCGUGUAUCAUCAUGGGAUCCGCUUACUGAUAGCGUGCCCAUACAUUCAUGGCUUGUACCUUGGCUAGCAGUUCUUGGUGAUCGUUUGCAACCCGUUUUAGCGCCUAUACGGCAGAAGUUAGCUAAGGCGCUGAGGCUUUGGAAUCCCACUGAUCACAGACUUUUCUUUUCAACUAUUGGAGAUACUUUUAGUGCAAUGGCUAUCUUGAAGCCGUGGUGCGGUGUUUGGACACCGGCAACAAUGUCAGCAUUUUUAGCGCAGAAUGUAGUGCCAAAAAAAUGCCUGGACACAGUGAAUCUGAAUCCCAGGGAGAACAAAAAGUAUGAGGAGUGGUAUUCGUGCAUGUUGUGGAUAGGCAUGAUUUCUCCGGACACUAUGGCCAGCGUUGUAACGAAGUACUUCUUUCCCAGGUGGUAUGCGGCCCUCUGUCAAUGGCUUGACUCUCCUCGAGCGAUAUUGAAUGAAGUGAAGAUGUGGUAUAGGGAGUGGGAGCAACGGAUACCACCGCAGAUUAGAGAUUAUCCGACCAUCAAAGAAAAUCUACGAAGAGGCAUGGUGGCUUUAAUGGAAUCAUCACAAGGCUUACGGGUUUCCACCGGUCCACCACCUCCACCUCUUACCCAAGGUGUGCCUCCACCACCCCCACCAGCAGCUAUGAGGCCUGGCCUCGGUGUUCCUAUGAAUCCACAACUGUCACUAAAGGAAAUUCUUGAAAGAAUGGCAGCUCAGCAUGAUCUCACUCAUAUUCCGCAACGUGAU